CCCGGCACUUAGCAACGGGCCUGGCGACGGUCUCCAGCAGCUGCGGCCCCGCGCCGGCUCCCGCGCGCCAAUCCUCUGCUGCGGGGCCUGGCCCGGCCCGGGGAAGGACCGAAGGGGACCCAACGUGUCCCCACGGCGGCUGCAAGAGAAACUAAGCAUGGAUGGCAGCCGGAGAGUCAGAGCAACCUCUGUCCUUCCCAGAUACGGUCCACCAUGCCUGUUUAAAGGACACUUGAGCACCAAAAGUAAUGCUUUUUGCACUGACUCCUCCUCUCUCAGACUAAGUACCCUCCACCUGGUCAAGAAUCACAUGGCUGUUCACUAUAAUAAAAUCCUUUCAGCCAAAGCUGCAGUAGACUGCUCGGUUCCAUUAAGCAUGAGUGCCAGCAUCAAAUAUUUGUUUUCCCCAUCAGAUGCAGACCAACAACGAAGAGAGAAACUCAAAAAGGAGUUAGCACGAUGUGAAAGGGAGUUGAAAUUAAAUAAAACAGCACUGCAGGCAAAUUCUAAAAAUAAUUCCAAGUCAUUAUUUAACACUCUACAAAAGCCCUCAGGAGAACCACAAGAUGAAGAUGUGUUAAUCGGAGAAGUGAAUGGAUUUCCAUCCUUUACAAGGUCACCAGUAACUUCUUCAGAGAGACUACACCUCAGUCUACCUAGAUCUGAUAAAGUCCUCACAAAUGGUACUGAGAAGAACUCCAGUUCCUCCGUGUUCAACGUGGAUUACACCCCCUCUGGGCCCAGGAGGGCAUGCUCUGGAACUUCAUACGGCAGAGGGCCCAAGAGCACAUUCCCAAAUACCCAUCGGUUUCAGUUAGUUAUUUCAAAAGCACCCAGUGGGGACCUUUUAGAUAAACAUUCUGAACUCUUUUCCAACAGACAUUUGCCAUUCACUCCACGCACUUUAAAAACAGAAGCAAAGUCUUUCCUGUCACAUUAUCGAUACUAUACACCCGCCAAAAGAAAAAAGGAUUUUACAGAUCAGCGGAUAGAAGCUCAAACCCAGACUGAAUUAAGCAGCUUUAAAUCUGAUUUUGAGACACUUGACACCAACAACUUCACAGAUGCAGAAGAGAACACAAAGCAGGCAUCUAAUUGUGUGACAUAUGAUAUCAAAGGAAAAAUAGCUCCUUUACCCUUACAAGGGCAUGACUUACCAUGGGUUGAGAUAAAAGAUGGCACUCUUCAUUGUUCCUCACCAAGGGCAGUAUGUCAGUAUUCCCUGCAGCUUCCUCCAGAGAGAAAAAUCCACUCUGAUGAAGAAGAACUGCUAUAUCUGAGUUUCAUUGAAGAUGUAACAGAUGAAAUUUUGAAACUUGGUUUAUUUUCAAACAGGUUUUUAGAACGCCUAUUUGAGAGACACAUAAAACAAAAUAAACAUCAUUUGGAGGAGGGGAAAAUGCGCCACCUGCUGCACGUCCUGAAGGUAGACUUAGGCUGCGCGUCCUGGGAAGGCGCGGUGGAGCCGGAACACAGUGACACGCUGAAUUCACUUGAUUUUGAACAGGCUGAGAAUUCGGAAGAAAAUGAAGAUAAAAGUAAACAUGAUACCACAAUUCAACAGGAACGUCAAGAAUACCAAAAAGCUUUGGAUAUGUUAUUGUCCAUACCAAAGGACGAGAAUGAGAGAGACUCUUCACCAAGUGAAUUUUUCCUACCCAUCUAUAAAUCAAAGUACUCAGAAGGGGUCAUAAUUCAACAAGUGAAUGAUGAAAUGAAUCCUGGACCUUCGGUUUGGGAUGACAAAAAUCCAAGUGUCUCCAACAGCCUAACAGACCAAGAGACGUCUGUGAAUGUCAUUGAAGGGGACAGUGACACCAAAAAGGUGGAGACUUCAAAUGAAUUGUGUUGUCUUAGCACAGAGCUCUCCCCAGCUCUUCAGUUUCACAGUGUCCUGGAUGACAACAGUCAUGACAUGGAAGGACCAACUCUUAAAAUCAUGGAAAUGAGCAUUGAGGACUGACCUUUGGAUGUUUGAUCUUCAUUAAUAAAUAUCCCAAGUGGCCAGUAAUUCAAUAUUCCUUUUCCUCUGUUUUAUUCUUUUAUAUAUUAAGAUUUCUGUAUUUGCUUUCCAGGCUGUAUAAUAAAUUACC